UUCCUUCUGGGCAUGCGUGGCCUGCAUGCUGCCAACCACGAUAUUGCAAGUAUGCAUGAUGAAAGUACAGAUGUAACAAAUGGAUGUGGCAAAAUCCGAACUGGUACUCAGAAUGAGGCUGCCUUACUAGCUUUGAUGGAAAAGACUGGCUACAGCAUGGUUCAAGAAAAUGGACAAAGAAAAUUUGGUGGUCCUCCACCAGGUUGGGAAGGUCCUCCCCCACCUCGUGGCUGUGAAGUUUUUGUGGGAAAGAUUCCUCGUGAUAUGUAUGAAGAUGAAUUAGUCCCUGUUUUUGAGAGAGCUGGGAAGAUUUAUGAAUUCAGAUUGAUGAUGGAAUUUAGUGGUGAGAAUCGAGGAUAUGCCUUUGUGAUGUACACAACUAAAGAAGAAGCCCAGCUAGCCAUCAGGAUCCUUAAUAAUUAUGAAAUUCGUCCAGGAAAAUUUAUUGGUGUCUGUGUAAGCUUAGACAACUGCAGAUUAUUUAUUGGAGCUAUUCCAAAAGAGAAAAAGAAAGAAGAAAUCUUGGAUGAAAUGAAGAAAGUUACAGAAGGAGUGGUUGAUGUUAUUGUUUAUCCAAGUGCUACUGACAAAACUAAAAACCGUGGCUUUGCCUUUGUAGAAUAUGAGUCUCACAGAGCUGCUGCUAUGGCUAGAAGAAAGCUAAUUCCAGGAACAUUCCAGCUAUGGGGACAUACUAUUCAAGUAGACUGGGCAGACCCAGAGAAAGAAGUUGAUGAAGAAACAAUGCAGAGGGUUAAAGUCUUGUAUGUAAGAAACUUAAUGAUCUCUACUACAGAGGAUGCAAUUAAGGCUGAAUUUAACAAAUUUAAGCCAGGAGCAGUUGAACGUGUGAAGAAACUGAGAGACUAUGCUUUUGUUCAUUUUUUCAACCGAGAGGAUGCAGUUGCAGCUAUGUCAAUUAUGAAUGGAAAAUGCAUUGAUGGUGCUAGUAUUGAGGUAACACUGGCAAAACCUGUAAACAAAGAAAGCACUUGGAGACAGCAUCUUAAUGGUCAGAUUAGUCCCAAUUCUGAAAAUCUUCUAGUUUUUGCUAACAAGGAAGAUGGUCAUCAAAAACCGUUAGGAAAACCAGCAAAUCUUUCAAUUCGUCUUAAUGGUCAGCACAGUCCAAGUCCCCCUGAAAUUGAAAGGUGUACUUACCCAUUUUUCCCAGGGACAAAGCUUACUCCAAUUAGCAUGUAUUCUUUAAAAUCCAAUCAUUUCAGUUCUGCAGUAAUGCAUUUGGAUUAUUACUGCAACAAAAAUAACUGGGCACCACCAGAAUAUUAUUUAUAUUCAACAACAAGUCAGGAUGGAAAAGUACUCUUGGUAUAUAAAAUAGUUAUUCCUACUAUUGCAAAUGGAUCCCAGAGUUAUUUUAUGCCAGACAAACUCUGCACAACAUUAGAAGAUGCAAAGGAAUUGGCAGCCCAGUUUACACUGCUACAUUUAGACUACAAUUUUCAUCGCAGCCCAGUAAAUAGCAUUGCCCCAGUUAAUGUCACUCUCUCUUCUGGGACACCCAGCAUGCUUCCAUACACACCAAGGCCUUAUUUUUAUCCAAGCUACCCCUUAUUACCAACAAUUCUGCUUGCUAAUGGCAGCCAUGUUGGACAGCGAGUAUAUAUCUCUAAUGAGGCCUUGGUCUUUUGA